CAAACAUAAGAAUGAAGUUUGGCAUUUUGAGUGACACCCCCGGAAAGUUUUCUGAUAAUAUGCCUCGUCCUCGCUCCAGAUCUCGCUCCUACUCGCGCUCCGUGAGUCACUCUCAUCGGGAGAAGAAGUACUCGAGGAGCCACAAGUCGUCCAGAUAUAAAUCCUCACGGAAGUCUCGAGAAAAGGAUCGCCACAGCUCGUCAAGCCGGAAGCACUCGUCAAAGCAUCAUAGGAGCGACAGGAGCCACCGCCGGCAUUCAUCCUCCAGAUCGAGAUCUAGCAGUCAAAGCUCCAGACACUCAUCCACAUCCACCAGCAGUGUCCCCUCGGAGAAAUCUAAGGAAUCUCCAGUGGCGGAAAAGACGCCCAGUUUUGCGUCUGUGGAACAACUGGGCAGCAAUGUGUCAGCCAAGGUGUUUCAGGAACUCAAUGAGGAUACAUUUGCCGUAAAAUCCUUCACACCAUCAGCGAAAUCUACAAACAGCAGCAUCUUGAUUGACAUAACCUCAAAUCCGAAGGUGAAGCUGCAAAGCACACCGGACAUCCCUGAAGAAGACACGGUUUUCCACCAGAAUUUGUACGGAAAUGACGCCGCCAGAAUGGAUAAAUGGGUGAAAAAGCUGUUCGCCUACCGGCAAAGAUGCGCUGCGACUGGAAAACCUUCCUCAUAACUACAAUUCUCCUUUAUUGCCUCAUUCUAAACUAUAAACCAUCUCAGAAAAUGUC